UCCACCUCUUAUUUCAAAGGGAGUACUAGUAUGGCAUUUGGCUCAGCUUCAAUUGCACCUCUACAUAACCGACAAAGGGUGCUGGAAUCUUGCAAUGCGUUGAUCUUUCAGACCUGUAACUACUCGAAGUGAUCUGUGCGACGUGCCGCCUACCCUACACCUGACGUCCACGCCAUGGUGCCGUCCAUCUCCGAACCACAUUUCCAUAGACUGGAGAGGCUAGAAACUCCAUCUGCCAAACCUUCAUCACGAGUUCUGAUUAGACUUUAUGUCUCUCAUUUCCUUUCAACAUGGAACUCUCGUAUGUUUGAGUUUGGGGCUGUUUUAUUCCUGGCCUCUAUCUUCCCCGGAACCUUGCUUUACGCCUCAAUCUACGCGCUCGUGCGGUCCCUAUCGGCCGUUAUCUUGUCCUCAUGGCUGGGGACUGUUGUGGAUCAAUCCAACCGGUUGACUGCACUUCAACAAUCAAUCGUCUGGCAGAGACUACCCGUAGCGGGCUCCUGUGUUUGCUUCGUGACUUUACUUGUUUCACCAAGCUCGAUACUGAAGAUAUUGCUCUUCCUGACGACGGUGGUGCUAGCCUGUGCUGAAAAGCUAGCCGCUACGGUUAAUACAGUAGCCGUGGAGCGAGACUGGGCGAUCGUUGUGGCAGAUGCAUUGGAGAUUCCCCGUCAAGACCUCAACGCGUCGAUGAGAAGGAUAGACCUCUUUUGCAAGCUCGUAGCUCCCUUGUUUAUCUCCCUGAUUGACGGGUUCUCCACCAUGGCUGCAAUCUGGACGACCUUGGGCAUCAAUAUGUCAUGUGUUGCUGUUGAAUACGUUGCAAUCGCACAGGUCUACGCUUCAGUUCCUCACUUGGUGCGUCGAGAGCCAGCUACUGAAACCAUAGGCUUCCAGCGCGAUGAGAAUGACUUUCGGAGCGUGGCUCAGCGAUUCGUGCAGCGCAUCAAAAACGCGGCGCUUCCUUGGAGAGAAUAUAUCCAGAAUCGUCUCUUUCUAGCCAGCCUCGCCUUGAGCCUUCUCUAUCUGACGGUCUUGUCCUUUGGAGCAACGAUGGUCACCUACCUGCUGCAUACUGGCUUCACCCCCCUUCAGGUCAGCGCCAUGAGAAUCGGUGCUGUUGCGGCAGAGCUAUCUGGGACUUGGGCAGCUCCGUUCAUAAUGAAUAGGGUCGGUGCCAUCCGAGCUGGACUGUGGUUCUUGAAUUGGCAAUUCAGCUGUCUAGUGACAGCAGUAGCGGCGUUUGCCUUCCUUGACAAUGCCUCUCAGGUGGUCGCUGUCAGUUUGAUUGUGGGAGUAGCCUUGAGUCGAAUCGGGCUCUGGGGAUUCGAUCUGUCCGUGCAGUUUCUGGUGCAAGAGGGAGUCAACGAAGAAUCCCGGGCUCGGUUCUCCGCGACUGAGAUGGCUUUGCAGAAUAUCUUCGAGCUUUUGUCUUUUGCGACAACCAUUGCUUUCCCUCGACCGGAACAAUUCAAAUACCCGGUGUAUAUCAGCUACGGUGCUAUCACGAUGGCUGCCGCUUGCUUUGCGGCGUAUGUGCGCAAGGAGCGGGGACAUUUGCUCCAUACGUCGAAAUGCCUGGGCGGAGAUAAGAAGCGACUCUCACCCGGAGAUGUGCUUUACCACAGAGUACCCUGAAUAAUAG